AUUCUAUAAAGUAUAUAAUUUAUCAACUUAUUGCAAAUUGUUUUUAUUUUCUUGCUUCGCAUCGCGCACAGAGUUGAAGUAAAAUUUCUAUUAUUAUUUCCCUGAAAGAUGAAGACUAUUCUUCGGUUGCUGUUGACGUGUCUGGUGUUGAGCGAGCUUUCGGCGAAACCAUUUUACGAUUCGGACUUCGUCUUUCCGGACCAAUUGGAGUCGUCGGGGAACACGGUAUCUGCGACGACCAUAGUAAACAGGAUGAUUAUAGACAUUGGGCACAAUUGUCCGCCGGGUCAGUCUUUUGUACGGCGAAGAUGUCGCACUCUGAUGUCCGGAUAGUUCGUUGAUAGUGCAUAGAGAUAGAGCAGAGAUCAAAGGUUGGAACCUACAUAGAUUUGGUUAAAUGAAGAGGAGAGAACGCACUUCAGUCUUCGAGAUGUCAGCUGUAUCAACGGUUCUUCUUCUAGUGGUGGUAGUGGCGAUGCUCGCCACUGCCCAAUAUCGGCCCAAUGCCCAAUUCCAAAAUCCAGGAUACGCAUACUACCGACCAUCGUUCUAUCCCCAAAUUCCGCACCACAUUCCACCUAUUCCUCCUAUCCCGCCGAUUUCGCAAUACGGACAGAUCCCAUGGUAUCCGUACCCUAUGAAACCAUCGAUCCCCAAUGAUCCGUACGCAAAGAUCCCUACGGAGAUCGUCGACAUCGACGGUGAAGUCACCACGCAAACGCCGUUGGAGAUCAACAACUUCCACAACGUGCAGAUCGGCGAUAAGUCAGUCCCCUCAAAUCAGGGCACAUCUUUCACGAACCGCACCAUCCACAUUGUCGAAUCGAAACCAAUAAUCAGCAAGUUUCAUCGAGUCAUCACCUCGGACGGCACCAAGAGCCAAAGCCUCAACAUCCACAUGUACAACGGCGUCGAGGUCACCACCUCCACUUCAACCACUACCCGAGAUUAUGACGAAUCCACAACCUCCAAUCCAACCGAAGAGGAGGAGGUCAGCUCGGAAGACCCAAAACCUGUCAACUCAUGGAUCUUCGGAUGAUCAAAAAUUCCAACCAUACGUAUCUGCUUCAUUGUAAAAAUUACAUUUAUAUAUAGAAUAAAGUAUAUAAACAAAAGAAAACAGCAAAAGAUAUAAUUUCAGCAACAUCCAUUUAAUUGUUAUUAAAAUUUACAA